AUGCAUUCGCUUGACAAGUUCGCCGUCGUGGGGGACGAUCCACAUAGAGUGGGCGAAGAAGAAGAGAACAAGGAGGAAAGAAGCAUGGGCAUUCUUUUCCCGGAGAACCUCACAACCAAAGAUUUAUACGUGAGCGAGUCUUUUGACUGUUUCGAUGCGAUCGGAAAUGGCAUGGUGCAGAAGCGGAUGUUGGUCAUCACCACCAUUUGCGUGUACAUUGCGGCGGCUAACAUGCACAUCGUGCCGUUCAUCUCGACCGACGUGGGACACUGGUGCAAGAGGCCGCCGCAUUCCAACAUAUCCGAGGCCGACUGGAGAAAUGCGGCUAUUCCUUUGGACGCGUCGGGGAAGCCAAGCCGAUGCAGCAUGUACGAAAAUCCCGAGCAGCCGGUUAACGCGACGACACGCCCAACAAAUGGCGAUACUGUGUUUUGCCUGGACUGGGAGUACGAAGAGCGCUGGUCAAGGGAGAGCGCCGUGUCCACAUGGAACAUGGUCUGCUCGAGGCACUCUCUCAUUAGCAUCAUGAUCGUGGUCCAGAACUUCGGAGCCGCUUUGUGCGUGUCUGCAGCCGGAUGCUUUGCAGACCGCAUCGGCCGGAAGUCUGUAGUGGUGCCGUCCCUGGUGGUCAUGCUGCUGUCGACGGUCGUUCUCUGCGCUUCCACUGCUUAUCCCGUAUUUGCAGCGACGUUAUUCUUCGCAGCGGGCUCCAAUGCCAUCGCUAUGACCGUGUCCUGCUUGAUCCUGUUCGAGGUAUCCGUUCACGCACACAGGCCCCUUUUGAACGUCCUUGCCACAACGUUCGGCAUCCUCUCUUCCGAUCUGGCGAUGGCAGUUCUGGAGCGAGCCGGGUUAGACUGGCAGCUGAGAUUAGCGCUCUUCCUCCUGCCAGCGCUGUUGGUGCUGCCAGCGUUCUGCUUCAUCGAUGAGUCACCGCGCUGGCUUGUGGCAAAGUCCAAGCUGUCCGAAGUGGAAACCAUCAUGCUGGCAGCGGCCGAGGUCAACCAUUUUCCUCUCUCGAAGACGGAGUGCCUACUGGACAGACUGAAGGCGGACAUCGACGCCCCCUUUGGGGUACUCACGUCGGCCGAGGCAGCCAUGCUGGGCAAAGUGGCCAUCCGAAAACACGCGAUGAUUAUAUUUGCCUGCAAUUUCGCAACGGUCUUCGGUUACUACGUCACGCUUAUUUCACCGAUCUGGGAAGGCGAUCCGGCGCUUCGCUGGUUCGCGUUCGGGGCGGCUGUCUUCGCGUACACCGCUGCAAGUGUUCUUAUCAGAAGGGUGACCAUGCUAACAACAAUGAUUGGACUGCUCGGGAUGCUGUUCGGGCUCCACUGCCUACUAAGCAUCACAAUCGUACGUGCGCCAGUGAUCGUCAGCCAGGUUCUGUUGGUGAUGACAAAGGCUUUAUACGCAGUCACCUCCGUCAUUCUUCCUUGCUACUCCCUGGAACUCUUCCCGACCGCCGUGCGUGGCUUGACCGCGUGCUGCGGCUUCGGCUUCUGUGUAUUCGGCGCCGCCAGCGCAGUCUCGGUGGCCCUUCUGCUCAACAACCAGGGACGUUAUGAGGUCGCGUUUGCUCUGCCGGCGCCGUUGCUCUUUGGCUCGUUGCUCGCCCUGUGCAGCAUUCCGCGUACUACGACGGUCGAGUGCGCCAAGACGACCGUAAGCCGGAAGAGUGGAAUGACCAACCAAGACAUGGAGCACAUGAAGAAAACGUUGGAUGUGAUGAUGACGACUGGCCCCAAUACACGGAGGAGCCGGUCCUGCGCUGGGGCAAGAUAAGUCAAGGCGGUCAAAAGAACUUGCAGUAGAGGACAAAAAACAAAUCGCACCGUUAAUUCGAACUUAUUUCAACAUGCACCUAAGAUGGUGAGGUUAAAAGUGAGGAACAGCUAUAGCAUAGUGUUGUACUCGACGAUCCAUGUGUUCAUGUGUGAGUGGACGUCACCUGUGACAAUAUAUAUCAAGUAGACUCCUCGAGUAACGCAAUACGCCGCACUGCGCACGGUUUUAUCCGAGUUGAGAUUACAUGAAAAUGUAAAUCGCCUCUUUAUUUUCCUCGCGAAUCGACAAAAAAAAAAAAACGCACUGGUUUUAGCACAACGCUUUGCUGCUCGUUUGUAAGUAAUGUUCGACGACUUUCAGAAGUUGGCAUUUUUCCCCUGUGCUCUUUCCCGGGUUGUCUUACAAAUAUCCUUCAUGGCUUUUGUGAUAUGGAAUGAGUAUAAGCGAACGAUAACCUUUAUUUGACGCUGACAAUCAGCCUGUUAGCAAAAUCCAUGGCCUGGCUGCAUCGCACACUUUUUCCUUGGUGUUGCGCAACCAGCGGUUGCCAGUGCACGCGCAGUGUAGGUCGUUUUAGAAUCUCAUUGUUGUUGUGCUAUUACGGUUACAGCCCCGAUCGGACACCGUAUGCGCAUGCGUGUGGAUUGGCAAGAUUCUGUUGAAUUGUAGCUUGCAAAUGUGCCCGAGAGUUAGCCGCGCCCGGACAGAGUGGGAUGGCCAGCGCAGGUUUGACCAGCCGAUGGUUACUUACCAGACAAGCUCGUAAAACGUACCCCUAGGGAAAUAGUUCCCUCACCAAAUAGCAGGAGAAACAGCUUCAGCGUAGCAAUUUUUCCCUCCUAACGUGCCUACAAGUGAUAUUCUGUACUCUCUCCACUUUCUCGCGCCCUCACUGCCGAGAGCCCGCCACGCUCUAUGACAUUGUAUUGGUCUGUUAGCGCAAACCCACCCACAAUCCUAGCAGUGCGAGAUAGAGAGAGAGCUGACCAGCUCUUCUCAUGAUGACUGGCUCAAGCUAUUAGACCGGGCGACAACGGCAGCAAAAUCUUCCGGGAUCCUGGACUGAGGACAACGCUCAGCACGCGAAAUUCCUUCUCCUCCUCUGUUGCAUGUAAAAACACGUCAAGUAAAAAU